GGAAUAUCCCUUCAUUCUUACUGCCAUGGAGAGUGUUGUGAUCAACUGGAACCUCCUGUGUCUUGUCUUGUCUUAGGAACAGUGCUGCUCACCAAGCUGCUCAGAUUAUGGAGUCCCAGGCUAUCUAACAAAUUGGUGUAUUGGUACGCCUCUGAGACUCCUGACUCGGUUAGCCUGAAGAGAGAAGUAUCAGAUAUAAAGCAACAGUUGCAGCACGUUAAUAUGAUGGACAAUUUUGCAGAUCAUGCCAGACUUCAGAGGAGAAUCAAUCAGAAGGACAGAGAGCUUCAGGUGAAAGAGAAGGGUCAAGUCACGGUUGACGAAGCUGAGUGCCGUGUUGAGUGGAGGGAGUUCAUUGUUAAUAUUGAUAAUGCAUAUUGGUGUCGUCAUGUUGAAUCAUCGGAGACCAGUUGCCAUUUUCCCCACUGAACUGUUCCAUCCAGUGUCUCCACUCCUGGCCUUCCCCACUGGACAACCA